CGAGCGAGAGCGCCUCCGAACAGCGCCCGCGCCCUCCGCGCCUCCUCGGCAAGAACCUCGAGAGAAGGACGCCCGCAGCCGUCGCCGCCUGCGCCCUCGCUCGCCUCCCUGCCCACCAGGCCCACCGCCCCGCCGCUCCGGUCCUCCUGCGCUGGGGCCUGCUCCGACCGCUGCGCACCAGCUUGUUGGCGUCUUUGCCGCCGCGCUCGUCCCGGCUCUUGCUGCGCGCCACAAUGAACUCCCGCACCGCCAGGGCUCUCGCCUUCGCCGUCACCCUUCUCCACUUGAUCAGGCUGGCGCUCUCCACCUGCCCCACCGCCUGCCACUGCCCCCUGGAGGCGCCCAAGUGCGCCCCAGGAGUCGGGCUGGUCCAGGACGGCUGCGGCUGCUGUAAGGUCUGCGCCAAGCAGCUCAACGAGGACUGCAGCAAAAUGCAGCCUUGCGACCACACCAAGGGGCUGGAAUGCAAUUUCGGCGCCAGCUCCACCGCUCCGAAGGGGAUCUGCAGAGCUCAGACAGAGGGCAGACCCUGUGAGUAUAACUCUAAAAUCUACCAGAACGGAGAAAGUUUCCAGCCCAACUGUAAACAUCAGUGCACAUGUAUUGAUGGCGCCGUGGGCUGCAUUCCUAUGUGUCCCCAAGAACUGUCUCUCCCCAAUUUGGGCUGUCCCAAUCCCCGGCUGGUGAAAGUCACCGGGCAGUGUUGUGAAGAGUGGAUCUGUGAUGAGGAUGGUAUCGUGGACUCCAUGGACGACUUGGAUGAGCUCCUCCUCGGCAAGGGACUAGGAUUUGAUGCCUCCGAGCUGGAGUUAACGAGAAACAAUGAAUUAAUCGCAGUUGGAAAAGCCGGCUCGCUGAAGCGACUCCCAGUCUUUGGCGUGAAUCCUGGCAUCUUUCACAACCCUGUGUAUGGCCAGAAAUGCAUGGUUCAAACAACUUCAUGGUCCCAGUGCUCAAAGACUUGUGGAACUGGUAUCUCCACACGAGUUACCAAUGACAACCCCGAAUGCCGCCUGGUGAAAGAAACCCGCAUUUGUGAAGUGCGGCCUUGUGGACAACCAGUGUAUAGCAGCCUGAAAAAGGGCAAGAAAUGCAGCAAGACGAAGAAAUCCCCAGAGCCAGUCAAGUUUACUUAUGCUGGAUGUUCAAGUAUGAAGAAGUACCGGCCCAAGUACUGCGGCUCCUGUGUGGACGGCCGAUGCUGCAUGCCCCAGCAGACCAGGACUGUGAAGAUGCGGUUCCUCUGCGAAGAUGGGGAGAUGUUUUCCAAGAACGUCAUGAUGAUCCAGUCCUGCAAAUGCAACUACAACUGCCCACACGCCAACGAAGCAGCUUUCCCCUUCUACAGACUGUUCAAUGACAUUCACAAAUUUAGGGACUAAAAGCUACCUGGGUUUCCAGUGCAGGGUGUCAAGAGGAGAGGAGUGCGAGAAUCACGGAGACAUGGGUGGGGGCGGUGGGGGUGAAGGGACUCAUUGUAGAAGGGAUGUCUUGCUCAUUCUUGAGUAGCAUUAAAGUAUUUCGAAACUGCCAAGGGGGUUGGGCGGAUGGGCACUAAUGCAACCGCGAUUGGAGAUUACUUUGCUUCAUAGUACUGGAGCACAUGUUACUGCUUCAUUUUGGAGCUUCUGUUAAUGUUCUGUUUUCUGUUUGUAAAUUAUUUGCAAAGCGUAUUUUUUUCUCUAGCUUUUUUUCCUUUCGGUUUCACAAUUGUAAUAGAGAUGAUAAGAAUAGUUGGGCAGUGAAAGCUUUGUCCUUUGACAGAAGUUAAAUGGGAGGAUCUUCCAUCCCUUCCUGAGGGGGGCACUCUGUGAGUGUCAGAGAGGCAGCUACCUGCACUCUAAACUGCAAACAGAAAUCAGGUGUCUUAAGACUGAAUGUUUUAUUUAUCAAAGUGUAGCUUUUCGGGAGGGAGGGGAAAUGUAAUACUGGAAUAAUUUGUAAAUGAUUUUAAUUUUAUAUUCAAUGAAAAGAAAUUAUUUAUGAAUUAAUCAUUUAAUAAAGAAAUAUUUACCUAAUA